UCGGCUCCAUUUUAUUUCACUAGUGUGAGAGCGUGUGGUGUUGUGGUUGUGACACAACCCACUCCAAAAGUGAAAUAAUUAACUCAAAAAUACAAAAAAAAUAUAAAAAUCAUUUAAAAACACAAAAAAAUCGAAAAACAGUGGAAAACAAGGAAAAUAACAAAAGAUAAUCUUUUUUUGUUUCAUAUGGUGGUUACAUCUGUGUAUUUGUAGUGCAGCGACUGAAACAUGAAUCCUGCUGCCCCGAAUUAUCCCAUGGCGUCUCUGUACGUCGGGGAUUUACAUUCUGAUAUUACCGAAGCUAUGCUUUUCGAAAAAUUUUCCACCACUGGACCUGUGCUCUCAAUUCGCGUCUGCAGAGAUUUGAUUACACGGCGAUCAUUGGGUUAUGCCUAUGUGAAUUUUCAACAACCUGCUGAUGCUGAGCGUGCCUUGGACACCAUGAAUUUUGAUUUGAUUAAGGGCCGACCAAUUCGAAUUAUGUGGUCCCAGAGAGAUCCCUCUUUGAGGAAGUCUGGUGUUGGCAAUGUAUUCAUUAAAAACUUAGAUCGUUCUAUUGACAACAAAGCUAUGUACGAUACUUUCUCAGCUUUUGGUAAUAUUCUCAGCUGUAAAGUAGCUCAAGAUGAAACUGGCACCAGUAAAGGUUAUGGUUUUGUCCAUUUUGAAACCGAAGAAGCUGCCAACAAGUCCAUAGAAAAGGUCAAUGGUAUGUUGCUGAACGGUAAAAAAGUCUACGUUGGCCGCUUCAUUCCGCGCAAAGAAAGGGAAAAGGAAUUGGGAGAAAAAGCAAAACUGUUCACUAACGUCUAUGUUAAAAAUUUUGGGGAAGAUUUGUCUGAAGAUCAGCUUCGAUCCAUGUUUGAACAAUAUGGCAAGAUAACAAGUUACAAGAUUAUGAGCAAAGAUGAUGGAAAGUCCAAAGGAUUUGGAUUUGUUGCAUUUGAAAAUCCUGAAGCUGCGGAAAAUGCAGUAGAAGCAUUGAAUGGAAAGGAAAUUAUAGAGGGCAAAUCGCUAUAUGUUGGCCGUGCCCAAAAGAAAGCUGAGCGUCAACAGGAGUUGAAACGUCGCUUCGAAGCAUUGAAAAUGGAAAGAUUGAACCGUUAUCAAGGUGUCAAUUUGUAUGUUAAAAACUUGGAUGAUACCAUUGACGAUGAACGUUUGCGAAAGGAAUUUUCACCAUUCGGAACAAUCACAUCUGCCAAAGUCAUGAUGGAAGAGGGCCGAAGCAAGGGAUUCGGUUUUGUCUGCUUCUCUUCACCAGAAGAAGCCACCAAGGCCGUCACCGAAAUGAACGGCAGAAUUGUAGGGUCCAAGCCUUUAUAUGUAGCAUUAGCGCAGCGUAAAGAAGACCGAAAAGCUCAUCUGACUUCCCAGUAUAUGCAACGCAUGGCAAAUAUGCGUAUGCACCAGAUGGGACAAUUUAUCCAGCCGGGAGCUUCAAGCGGUUACUUCGUACCCACCAUUCCCACCUCCCAGCGUUUCUACGGUCCAGCUCAAAUGGCACAGAUCCGUACAAGUCCAAGAUGGCCUGCCCAGACACCGGUGAGACCCGCUGGUCAAGGAGGCACUGCCGCUUACACAGGCAUGCCCAACACAUACAGAGCAGCAGCUAGGCCUCCAAAUCAAUCCACUGCCAUGCGCGGAAAUAUUAGCGUGCCAAGACCCAUUACAGGCCAACAACCACAAACCAUGCAGGGACGUCCAUUAGCUGGACAAGGUGUUGUACCUGCUACGGGAAGUCGAACAAACUUCAAAUACACCUCUAACAUGAGAAAUCCACCACAAGCCUUAACUUUGCAAGGAGCUGCUGCUCCUGUUCAACAAGCUGUCCAUAUCCAAGGCCAGGAACCACUGACCUCAACUAUGUUGGCCUCAGCUCCUCCACAAGAGCAAAAGCAGAUGUUGGGCGAAAGAUUGUUCCCUCUCAUCCAACGCAUGUAUGCUGAUAUGGCUGGAAAGAUUACUGGAAUGUUGCUGGAAAUUGACAACACCGAGCUGUUGCAUAUGUUGGAACACAAUGAAUCCCUCAAGAACAAGGUUGAGGAAGCUGUUGCUGUGCUUCAGGCUCACCAGGCCAAGCAGGCUGCCACUCAAAUAAAAAAAGAAUAAAUGCCUCAUCUGUUUCCUAAAUCGGUUUGUUGAAUUACUGCAGUUGGCUUCUGUGCCACAUUUUCUAUUGUUAUGACUGUAUGGUUCAUCAUACUGAAUUUUUUUAAUUUGUGCAGUAGUUGUCUAAACAUUAUCCCUAUCAAAUUAUUCAAAAUUAACAAAUUUUGUGAAAAUAAAAAUUGCAAACAGUCUUAGGACAAAAAAGUUGAUAAAAAUAAAAAUAUCUUCACUUAUGACAAUUUUUGACGAAAUUGAGCAGUAAAACUAUCAAUUCACUUCAUUAUUCGUUUGUAAAUUUUGCUCAGUUGCAAUUUCUUCCUUGUUUUAGUUUUAAGAUUUUAGUAAGUUUUAAUGUUUCAUCAGAUAUGUGUCAAAAGAUUGCGUAAUUAUUUGUAUAUAGGUCAAAUGAUUUUCACGUUUAAGGUCUAUCUAUUGUCAAGUAAUUCCAUCUGAAUAUUAUUUGUAUUAAUUACAAAGAAAAUAAAGAUUUUACAGAA